AUGGGAGAUAGAGUGCCGAAGUAUGCGAUUCUAUCACACACCUGGGUCGAAGACGAGGAGAUCAGCUAUCAAGAGAUGACCAGCCUAGCGAGCGAUCCCGACCACCUCGCCAUCGAAAAAUCAGGGUACCGGAAGAUCUUGGAGACGUGUCGGAAAGCAAAAAGGCAUGACCUCGACUACGCCUGGGUUGAUACAUGCUGCAUCGACAAAUCAAGCAGCGCCGAGCUGACCGAAGCAGUCAACUCCAUGUUCAAGUGGUAUCAGAAGUCCGAAGCCUGUUACGCUUUCCUUGCGGAUCUACCUUCCUAUCGGGAUAAGCACCCGCGAAUGCCUAGCUGUCGAUGGUUUUUCAGGGGUUGGUGCUUGCAAGAGCUCCUGGCACCUCAUAAUCUGCGGUUCUACGAUGCCACCUGGAAGUAUGUCGGAUCUAAAACUGAACUGAAAACCUUGAUCAAUCGGAUCACCCAGAUCGACGAAGAAACGUUGGUAGACAGCCAUCGCCUCUACGAGGCGCCAGUGGCACAGAGGAUGUCUUGGGCGUCUAACAGGAUAACGACCAGAGAGGAGGAUAUCGCGUACUGCCUUCUAGGCAUCUUCGACGUGAAUAUACCUAUGCUUUACGGCGAGGGCAAUAAAGCAUUCAUUCGUUUACAGGAGGAGAUCAUCAAAAGCUCGAAUGAUCUGUCAAUCUUCGCCCCGGAGGCAAGCUCCCGUGGAACCUCGACGACUGCAGAAAAUUACUGUGACUUGUUUGCCAGAUCACCUAAGGCAUUCGAUUCCUGUGGACUAGUACGAGCCAAUGGUAGCGAACUUGUGUCAGGCGACUCAGACCAGUCCUUUACGAUGACCAACAAUGGUCUGUAUUUCAGAGAGGCCCACUUCGCAGUCACGUUCCACAAGUACAUUCUUUCUCUCAACUGUACCGUGGUUGAUACGGCUGGUAGGGGGUUUCCUCUUCACAUGGUUCUGCAAAAGAUCGGUCCUGCCCGUUUUGUGCGGACGGCCUACCGUCGCGACCGUUCGCCCGGCAGUCACGAAUAUCACCACACCGAAGAAGCUUACAUAAUCACCCACGUCAAGCCAUCGACUCGGAAACUUCUCGAUGCUUCUUACGAAGGGUCAGUCUGGAUCGGCUGCGAACGAAGCCACACGCACGAUGAUCAAAGAAACGCUCUACGAUCUGCAACCCCCCAAAACCGGUGGGACUUCGCAAAUCACAGGUUCAUCACCGCUGGCACAGAGAGCUUCGAAGGUUACCUGAUGGUAUUCCCUGGGGCCCUGGGGUACGCAGUCGAGAUGAGAGGGCCGCAAUUCUUUUACCUCGUCUGCGGCGUCACGUUGACGAAGUGGGGGAAACCUACAGCCUGGGUACGUCUCCGCUCGGUUGAAGACUGGACGAGGGCGGAGCAAAGUCAGGGGGAGAUGGCCAGCAAACUUGCAAACCGGCCAAUGUAUGGAAGUAACUAUACUCUCGACAUGCCCAGGCUGCGAAUGAAUCGCUGCAUGGUCACAGCGACUAUACGACCCCAUCCAGAUAAGUACGCUGCUUUCAACGUUCAUCUCGCUUUCGCGCCCAUCGCCGAUUCAAGCAUCGCCGAAGCAUUCGAUGUAUCUGUACAAGCAGAAGGAAAGGGUAAGGGAAGUGGGUGGCGGGUAUUUCCUCGGCUCAGAUAUACAUAA